CAACUGCCAGUGAGAGAAGAAGAAGACGAAUCAGCGGUUGGCCAUUGUUUGUCUCCGUGGCUCUCUGACAGUAAGGAGGAAGAGCCGGGUCCUGGCUAACAAAAGUGAGGAAUAUGCGCUCACUUGUCGGACUGGUCUGUGUUAUCGUCGCAGCCAGCUGUUACCUGUACUCUUUGUCUCUGUACCUUCCUGCCGGACCUCGACUUCGUCCUCACCAAACUGCUGACAAACAACAUGUGGAGCCAGCAGCAGCGGAGUCCGAGCAGCAGCAGCCCGCUGACAGCUCUGAGGAACCCAGCAGGUUGAAGUUCCCUUCGGACCUGGACGAGCUGCGGGAACUGGCUGAGCUCCUGCAGUUUUACAAGACGGAGCACACUGGAUAUGUCCUGCUCCUCUUCUGUAGUGCAUAUCUCUACAAGCAGUCCUUUGCCAUUCCCGGAUCCUCAUUCCUGAACAUUCUAGCAGGAGCUAUAUUUGGACCAUAUGAAGGACUGCUGCUCGCCUGUGUGCUCACCACUGUGGGCUCCACCAUGUGCUACCUCCUGUCCCGGGCCUUCGGAAAACACUACAUCGUUAACCUCUUCCCCGAUAAAGUCUCCAUGCUACAGAGGAAGGUUGAGGAGAACCAGGACUGUUUGUUCUUCUUUCUGCUCUUCUUGAGAUUCUUUCCCAUGACUCCCAACUGGUUCCUGAACAUGUCAGCGCCGAUUGUCAACAUCCCCAUCACUUUCUUCUUCUGCUCCGUCUUCAUUGGCCUCCUGCCGUACAACUUCAUCUGCGUCCAGACAGGCGUCAUGCUGUCCGAGGUGUCGUCGCUGGACGACCUGUUCUCCUGGGAGCGGCUGCUGCAGCUGCUGGCCAUCGCCUGCAUGGCUCUGCUGCCCGGUGCCCUCAUCCGCCACUUCAGUCAGAGGCGUCUCAAACUGGAUGCCCCGUCGCAGAACGGGCUCGUCGCCGAUAAGAAGGUCCAAUGAUUUGUCCUGGUUAUGACUCUGUGUCCCUUCUUUGACGCCCCUUUGUGUGGUGACUCUCAAAGAAAAAGAAAACUUUAUGUACACACAUGUGAAAACGUUUAUUUUUGUGGAGGGCUUUUACUUCUCUGGAGCCACCAGGAGACGGAGAAGACUGGCCCAGUGCGAUGUGAAGCCGACUAUUUUGUUUUACCAAAUGUUGAUGUUUCUGUGCCACAGCUUGUGUGAGGACAACAUUCACAGUUUAUGUAUAUAGAUGUAUGAAUGUACAGCUAAUAUGGGGAGAGAGGGAGGGAUUUUAAGGAGACGUUGCUCUUGCACUCUUGUACAGUGACAUAACUGCUUCAAUGUAAACAGCUGGUGUUUGAAGUGCCUGUCAUGCAGUCUACCUCCAACAUGUGGAAAAGUUAAUAGAAAUGGAACAGCCUACACCUUUGUAAUGCCUGGAUGGUGUGAAUUAUAUACAGUGUUUUUAUUGACUUGAAUACCAAUCAUGUUUGCAGCAUACAGUAUAUUAUACAACUUGAUUUUGUAUUUGUCUUGUUUGACAGUUGCAUUUUGCAGUUUCUGUAUAAAACCUAAUUGUGUAUGAGGACAAUUUGUACAAUUUUCAACCUUGAAAGUAUUUUAAAUUGUAUAAUUGGCCCAAGGUUCAGUUCAGGAGUUGUUAUAAGAAACCAGUUCAAUCAGGACUUUAGUGAGUAAAUGUGGCAUCUCCGUUUUGUCAGCACAGCUGAAUGAUAUGCAAAGACCCCAAUUAUUAAUGAUUAUUUCAAAAGAUAUUCCGAUUACAAUAUGAGUCAUUAUUGAGGGGGAAAGGGAUUUUUUUUUAAAUGUAAUGUUUACUGAAAAAAAUCUGAAAUUGAUAAAGACUUUCACUGGGCCCUGUGCCAAGCAAGCAUGCUCCUUUACAUCUGGAGAAGAUGAUUUGUAGGCCAGGGCAUGGCUGUAGCAUGACGCUUCUUAAUUUCAAAAUGGCAUGUUGGGAAAGAUUUUAUCUCGAUCAAUAAAACUGCAGCCCCUUUGAUUCGGAUAUUGCAUUUAGCCAUUAACUGUUCACUCCCUCUAAUCAGCUGGAUUCUUAUCUGAGAGUGAAUGUGCAGUGAAUUCAGACAGUGUGAAGCCUCCGGUAAAUCGAGCCUUAAUGUUGCUGUAAAAUCCUCUUUGCUGCCUCUUUUCACAGUCCUUAUGUCUUUUGUACAGUCCUGGUUCAACAGCCUCUAAGUGUUUUUUUUUUUGGAUUUGUGUGGAAUAAAGGAUAAGUUUACCCAAAAGGGGAAAUUCAGUCACUGUCUACUCAGCCUUAUGCUGAUGCAAAGUCAGGUGAAGUUUUUUAUCAGUCCGCAAAAACAUUUCUGGAGUUUCAAAGUGAAACAGUGUUGCAGCACUCCCAAGUCUCCAGAAGCCCCGCGAUCCAAAAUUGAUUUGAAAAGACGUUAUUUUCACAUUUUCAGUCAAAAUUUUCAGUGUAGCUGCUGAGCUAAAAUCUCACCACCACCUCAAGUGGGUGCACGAGUUCGCCUGUGCAUCAAGGGUUUGAAUAAUGUAUUUUCAAAUCAAUUUGGGAUCUCAGGGUUUUAGAAGACUUGAAUUAUGUUGAUUUUGCUGCAAUGCUGUUUUGCUGUGAAACUCCAGAAAUGUUUUAUGGACUACAAAACUUCCUCUGCCUUUCCAUCACCCAUGAGGGCAAGUAGAUAAUGUCUGAAUUUCUCAUUUUGGGGUGAACUGUUCCAUUAAGAUGUAAACUAAAUGUCAGCUUUAAGUUUCUUGAAAGAUGUAAAUGAUUUUAAGGUUUUGUGUAGUUUAGUUUUGUGGUAUGUCAGACCACAAACGUUGUGGCAACUUUGAUUUCAGAGGUGAAAAAAAAAACUUUUAAAUUAAACAAAACACAAGUAAAAAAAAUAUUUUUCAAAUAUUCUUUAUUGCUCAGAUCCAGGUUGCUCAGCAAUACAGUUCACUCACAACUCAAAACAACAGCAUGGCUGUUACCAGAAAGGCAUGGAUCCACGAGAUGUACUAAAAAUGGACCGUAUGUCUGUCCAGCGCACAGUCACCCAUUACCUUGAGGUGUUUGGGACCUUUUGGCCCGUGGGAAAUGUAGGACUUGAGGGUUGUGACCUACUGAGGAAACAAAAGGAAUCUCCCAAAUGGUGAAAUGCAGUUAAGAAAAGGAUCCAUGUAAAACCAUUACUGAAAGUCUAGUGCUAUAUGAAGUGUAGUACAUACUGGAUCGCCUACAACAGUCUCAUGCAAUGCUUUGUGUUUUCUCAUUUAACAACAAGACAGGACAAAAAACACUGCUGUAGUUCUGCAUACAUUCGACCAGACUUUGUUAAAUCCUUCCUCAGCUAAUCCAUAAUUUUGUGUUUGGAUGUUGAAUGCCCUCGUUUUUUUUCUGUUCAGUCCCAAAAGGCAGAACACGUUUUGAUCAGCUUUUCUUAAAUCAGACCUGGAUACUCCGUCAACCCCCCCAAAUCUUUGCAUGUCAUGGAUUUUUUUAUGCCAUUCUGAUUCCCAAAUCUGUUCAGAAAAUCCUAGCUAGGAUAUAUAUAUAUUUUUUUAUUCAACCACAAUUUUUUUUAAACAGCUAGUAUUAUUGGUAGUGAUCUAAAAGGAAUGAAUAUUAAAGCAAAGAAUCCCAGCUAAUGCUCCAGACUACGUUAUUAAAUCAGUGUAAAUGACGAGAAAACCAGAUCAACAGAAAACAAAACAAAAAUAAAAAGCCUAAAACUAUCCAACCACCAUGUGAUAUGACUAACAACACAGUACACCCUCAGUGAUGUGUGUGAUUGUGGUUUUUUUCUUCUGGUACUGAAUAUUAAUGUCUAGCAACACCCCACAAAACCUAGAAACACCAAUCCUUGGAAGUAAAAUAAAGAGGUUACGAUCAUCUCGACAAGUUUCGGCCUCAGACUGCGGUUGGCUUACAGAUGUCUCUGCCGACGACGCCACAUGUAGAGGGAAACCUGCACUUAACUGUAUAAAGAGCCAAAAAACACAAAGACAGACGGAGGCCCGACGGAGUCCUCCGUGAUGCAAGAGAAGAGCCUCGACUUCAAAAAAAAAAAAAAAAAAAAAGCUACUCCUGACAGUCAAAACAAACCAUGAGUGACGAAAACGAUGAUUUUUCCAGUGCUACUGUGAAAAGCACGACGUACCCCCGUCUACAGUGAAGAAGACCGUCACAGGAGUCAUGCGCUCAUGUAGAAGCACCAUACUGCAUUCGUGGUGGGUAAGGGUCAGGGUAUUAAAAAUCAGGUCUGGUGAGCUAUCAUCAUCAGUAUGAGGUACUGUACCGGCUGUGGGGAGGCUUUUUUUUGCUGAAACAGCCUCAGGCAUUGUGUGAGUUUUGAUAGACCUAUGUUUUUUUUUUGUUUGUUUUUUUUAAGCACUGCUAGUCUGUGUUCACUGGGACAACAAAAAAAUCCGCCUCAUCUGAUGACAAAAGUCUGCCCUCCAAAAAAAGAAAGAAAAAAAAAAAAAAAAAACAGCUCUCAACAGUUAAAAGAAGUCCAAAGACAAAUACUAACUUUCGCUAUAUCAUUCAUUUUAUUUUAAUUCUUUUGCCCUACAUCGGUUUUAGUAACUAAAGUCAGCCUUGGAUUCUGAGAGGUAAUUCUGAAAUGUACAGCACAAAAAAAAAAAAAAAAAAAAAAAA